AAUGCCGCCACCAGGGGUCGGGCUCGACAGCCUGAGAGAAUUUUGGCGGGCGAAGGUGCGUCACGCAGAGGCCGGGUCAGUAGCGCGUUGGUGACACGAGCUGCUGUUGUGAGUGACAAUUCUAGAAACUUCUCAAAGGAACCGGUUUCCGUGAAUAACAUGUCGCGAAGUGUGGGGGCUAUGGCGGAGUCGCCGAGCGGGGUGUUAAGGAGAAUUUUAACAUCCCGAGGUGUUACCUCAGGAGUUCAUGUGCCGGAGGUACGCCGCGGUCGCCCCGUGGGCCCGCGGGGGUCCGUGGCUGCCAGAGGUGGUCGAAGAAGUUCGAUUCUUACUAGAGGUGAGCACAUUGGGAGAUGUACAAGAUUACAAGAGUCGGUGCAAGGAGAGGGGGCACCCAACAGUGGUAUUACAAUGGGUUCGGUUAGUAAUAUAAACAACAGCGCUGACACGAUUGUAGCGGGACAGGGCGCGAGCACAUUGGGUAUUAGUAAUGCUGGAAGACAGCUUGUAAGGCCCGCCACGUGUAAUAUUAGGAGUAAAAGAGGAACUGGGGAGCUACGUGGUAUGAGGGGCACAGUACCGGGGAGAGCUGAUGCUGAUGCGGUAUGCUUUGGAGGUAAUGGAGCGGGAUUCAAUUCGUCUGAGGUAGCGUCUAUAUGCACCUCGGUCAUAUCAGCGCUGGUCCCGGUGCUGAAUGCCAAUAACGCUGAAAGGAAUUUUUUGUGGGGGCAGAAUUCUGCUGAUUUGCAGAGGGAUGGCGUUGAUGAAUCAGGGGCGGCUGUUUUACAGGCCAGAUCGGGUGGAGGUAAUAGGGGCAAUAGGAAUGUUAAUGAAUUUUUGGUAGAUGUUUCUCCUUGCUUUUCUACAGAGGAGUCCCUUGCAGCCCCUGAGGUGCAGGACGAUUCUGGGGAAUCAGCUGCGGUGGUAGAGUCUGCCCUGGACGAGGGUGGUCGUUAUGGUUAUACGCCCGGAUUGGAGGGCUUAGCUUUUCGAGCCCUGGCUCCCUCCACUCUUCGAGGGUACAAAAAUGCCAUGGGAGAGUGGGAAAGAUAUGUGCGCCUGCAUCAAGAUCAAGGUAAGACCGAUUACGCAAUGUUAUUGGAUUAUGUGUGGGAAUGUUUUAGAGCAGGCAGACCAAGAGGGUUCGUAACACGUUUACUGUCUGCUCUUUCUUAUUUCUUGAGACUUUAUGGCCGGCAUGAUUUUACUAAAUCUUUCUUUCUAGCAAAGAUUCUUAAAGGUUGGGCUCGAGUUAUGCCCCCUGUACAAGAUGCACGUAGACCAAUAACUAUUUCAAUAUUGCGGCGCAUGGCGGUCGUGUUGCAGGAUGUCUGUGCAUCUGAUUACGAAACACUUUUAUUUACAUUGUGUUUCGUCAUGGCCUUUUUUGGGGCCUUUAGAGUCAGUGAACUGGUGGCUGCUUCGAAAUCAGCAAGGUCACCUAUGCUUCGUGAACACGUGUCAUUGGAAGAGGGAGGCUUAUGGUGCAAAGUACAACGUUCCAAAACGGACCAAUUGGGCAAAGGUUGUUGGGUUGUUUUGAAUUGUGUUGAUGACAUAGAGAUUUGUCCUGUGUCUUUGGCGAGGAUUUAUUUGAAGACAAGGUCUGAUGUGCCAGGUCCAUGGUUGCAGCAUUUGGAUGGUAUGCCGGUGACUCAAUUUCAAUUUAGAUGGGUGAUGGAACGUUGUAUUUGCACGAUGGGUUUGCCGGUAUCGAGAUAUGGUACCCAUUCGUUUCGAAUAGGUGCGGCGACAACAGCAGCUGCGGAAGGCUGUUCGAGCGGGCAAAUUAGAGCCUUGGGAAGGUGGAAGUCUGAUGUAUUUCGGAAAUAUAUCAGGUUUUGACCUGUUUUAAAAAAAAAAAAAAAAUCAGACUUGAGGUUUCAGCCACUCGCCAUAUUUGGGGGUCUUGAGGAAUUUUUUAUCCUGUCAGGUGCCUUAAGCCUGGGGGUUCAAACCCGCCUGGCAGGUGUGUUUUUCGCCUCUCGUCAAGUCUGAUCCCCCCCCCCCCUUAUCUAACUCCCUUUGUAAAAGGAGAACAAUUCUCUUCAAAAAUUAUCACAUUAGAGGCCAAAUUAAAAUAUGUAAUAAAUAAAUGUUAAACCAUUUUAGCAAGAUUUUAAAAGGAUGUUUUUGGGGUAAUGUUGUUGCAAGAUUUUUGUUUUAGGGGUUUUUUGUUCAAUAAGUUUUGUGAAUGUUUUUGUAUUUUCAGAUUUGCGCUUGGAUGAGUGUCCGAUUUGGAUCAUGGGGCACUCAUACAUUUAUUAUGGUGAAAGGUCUGGUGUUGAGUGCCUUCAGUCCCCGGAAGCUAAUCUGGUCAGAUGGAUUGGAGUGAGGGGACUUCGGUGGGAGCAAGUCAUCCCGCUUUUUUGGCAGCAAGUGGAGAGGUCGGGAUACCCCCUGAGGGUGGUGUUCCAUGUUGCUGGAAAUGAUCUGACCAGGAGGUCUGGUUUAGAUCUUCGGAAAACCAUAGUCAGGGAUGUAGUUAGUCUACAGAACAGGUUGUGUUUUUUGAGUGUAGGUUGGUCGGAGAUAAUCCCUCGUUUAGUGUGGAGGGGUGCAGACAGACCCGCUGCCAUUGAGUUGAUCCGGCGCCGGAUCAAUUCUGUGGUUGGCAGAGCUGUUAGCGAAAAUUGGGGGUUUGUGGUCCCACAUCCCUCAAUUUCAGUUUCUGCUCCUCAUCUUUAUAUGGCCGAUGGUGUCCAUCUGAAUUUGAGGGGUAUUGAAAUUUUUAUGGGUGAUUUGUGGUUAGCAAUUUUUUCUCAGGAGUUUUAUUGAUAGGUUGAAGGGUUUUAGGAGUAGUUAGGGUUAGUUUGUAAGGUAGAGGUAUGGUGGCGGGGUUUCGUUGAAACUGUGGCGGGUUGGGACGGCCUUAAAUUGUGGCUGUAAUUUAAAGAGUUUUAUAGGUGCUCAGGAGAUGUGAAGGUGGUGGAGUUUGAUACAUUACGGGGCCGGAGUUCCAUCGGACCAGGUGGGCUUCGGUCUCCGGUGGAGUUUGUACACACCUGAGCACCUUUGGGUGGAAGUUGGGGAAUACCUUGAGUGGAGAGUUGGCCACGGUAUUCCCGAUAAGGAGAAAGAACACAAGGGGUGGCAAAUGGCCCAUGGUGGCCCCUUGUGAUGAGUGGGGGGCUGGGCUGAAAUUGGGCCCCUUAAGAGCCUCCCCUUGGGAUGUAUGGGGGCUGGGCUGAAAUUGGGCCCUUAAUAACCCCCAUUUGUUAUGCGAUGGAGGCCGGGCUGAAGUUGGGCCCUUGCCUCCUCUUGUGUUGUUAUUCAGCCACAGUUAAAAGGGUAAAAUAAAUAGGGACAUUUAAAUAGGCCGUCCCUCCUUGCCACCAUACCAUUUGGUUAAUAAAAGCUGACAAUUUUAUUGGCAAACAUAUCCUGGUGUCAGUGUCAGUUAUUUCUUUAUGGAUGUUGGUGUAUGCGCAUGAAUGAAGAACAGUCUAUGAUAGACAUUUUAAGAGAACGGAGGACAUUUUAUAUGGCUGUAGUGACAUAAAAUUCUGAAUAGCAGGCUGAAUGAAGCAGCUGGAGAAGUGGUAGUAUCCAUGGUAACGAUGGGCCUAUGAGGUGACUGAGGAGUCUGGUGAUGGGAGGGGCUUAGGCCUUAUAAGGAGAGGACUGAUUAGGUUCUCCCUCCUUUUUCCUCAGUGAAAAUUGACCCACCCACCCGCCCUUGAGGAGUUUAUUAUUGGUGUCGGCUUGGCGGGUUGGGACGGCCUUAAAUUGUGGCUGUAAUUUAAAGAGUUUUAUAGGUGCUCAGGAGAUGUGAAGGUGGUGGAGUUUGAUACAUUACGGGGCCGGAGUUCCAUCGGACCAGGUGGGCUUCGGUCUCCGGUGGAGUUUGUACACACCUGAGCACCUUUGGGUGGAAGUUGGGGAAUACCUUGAGUGGAGAGUUGGCCACGGUAUUCCCGAUAAGGAGAAAGAACACAAGGGGUGGCAAAUGGCCCAUGGUGGCCCCUUGUGAUGAGUGGGGGGCUGGGCUGAAAUUGGGCCCCUUAAGAGCCUCCCCUUGGGAUGUAUGGGGGCUGGGCUGAAAUUGGGCCCUUAAUAACCCCCAUUUGUUAUGCGAUGGAGGCCGGGCUGAAGUUGGGCCCUUGCCUCCUCUUGUGUUGUUAUUCAGCCACAGUUAAAAGGGUAAAAUAAAUAGGGACAUUUAAAUAGGCCGUCCCUCCUUGCCACCAUACCAUUUGGUUAAUAAAAGCUGACAAUUUUAUUGGCAAACAUAUCCUGGUGUCAGUGUCAGUUAUUUCUUUAUGGAUGUUGGUGUAUGCGCAUGAAUG